AUGACCUCACAGGCCCCCAAGCUGUUCAAGCCAAUCCAGGUUGGCGCUCUUGAUCUACACCAUCGGAUCGUCCUCGCACCCUUGACCCGUGGUCGUGCUGAUUCAGCUGGUGUUCCCGCUACCUACGCCGCGGAUUACUAUUCCCAGCGCGCUACACCUGGCGGUUUGUUGAUCACGGAAGGAACCUUCAUCUCCCUUGAGGCAUCUGGGCGACCUUUUUCACCUGGGAUUUAUUCCAAAGAGCAGAUUGAGGCUUGGAAGCAUGUCACUGAUGCAGUUCAUGCCAAAGGAGCCUUUAUCCUCUGCCAGCUCUGGGCUCUUGGACGUAUUGCCGAACCUGAUCUAGUCCCCGCUGUUCUCAGUCCGGGCUCACAACCAUUCUUCGAGGACGGUGAUGUCACACGAAAGAUCCCGGAUAAGUUCACUGUCAUGAGCGAAGCUGAUAUUGAUAACUUCGUGGGAUACUACCGACAAGCAGCUUUGAACGCUAUGGAAGCUGGUUUCGAUGGCAUUGAGAUUCAUGGCGCCAAUGGAUACCUCGUUGAUCAAUUUCUCCAAUCAACUAGCAACGACAGAACAGACCAAUACGGCGGCAGUAUCGAGAAUCGCAUCCGUUUUCCCCUUCGCGUAGUCAACACAGUCAGCGACGCCAUCGGACCCCAGCGCGUUGGUGUCCGUGUGUCACCAUUCACACGCUUCCAAGGAAUGCGAGAAGCCGAACCGCUAUCACUCUUCGUUCCUUGGGCACAAGCUAUUGUAGAUGCGCAACCGCGCAUUGCGUACAUUCAUGCCAUCGAGCCUCGAGCAGAUGGUUCGAUAGAUACACCGGAGCAUUUACGGAAGGCUGAGGAUACUUUAGCGCCUAUAAGGGAGGUAGCUACUCGUGCUGGUGUGCAGUUUAUUGUGGCCGGGGGAUAUACGCCUGAGAAGGCGUUGCAGCAUACUAGUGAGACAGAUGACCUCGUGGCCUUUGGGCGUCACUUCAUCCCCAACCCUGAUCUCCCUGCCCGUAUCAAGAAUGGCUGGUCGUUGACCAAGUACGAUCGUUCCGUCUUCUAUGAGGUGAACGAGGUUGGAUACAGCGAGUAA